UAACUUCUAGUCAGUUCGAGUCCACAACGAGUUAUUUGCAUAAAAAUUCAAGUAUAAAUUUUCAAUUUGGAUAGUUACAAGUAAAUAAGUGCACAAAUGUUUAUAAGAGAGAUUACACAUCAAUUGCGGCCCAAGAAGCCACCGCAAAGCACUGGCCAAAAAAUGGCGCCAUAUGUGGCUGCUGUCAAGCGGGGACCCUACACGCUGACCCAUCCAGUUUAUAGUAAUCCGGAGCCCGAGGAUAAGAACGCCAAGAUGCACAGCCAUACCUUUAACAUCAACAUGAAUGCCAUGAAGAAUAAUCACAAAUACCAUCAGCGAGCGAUUCCUGCACCGGUGAGCAAAUCGCGAUUGACCAGAAUUAAAUCCCGCUCCCACUUGGGAUUGAAUGAGCAGCGGGAUUUGUAUCGUCAGCAUCGAGAUCGCCUGGCCAAUAUCAAGGGCAAGGUGAACACCUGUUUGCCACCGCCCAAGCUGAAGCACACGGAGGGCAAUGGCAUGGAACUUUCCUAUAUGGAGAUGCUCACUGCCCUCUAUCGGAAAAGCAACAACACAUUGCGCACAUUCACCAAGUCACCGGACCGCUUGGCCGCCGGACGCUGGAGGAAUGCCAGCGUAGCCCGGGAGAAGGAACGGAGACAGCAGGAGAACAACAAGAAGUUUAAUGCAGGUGGCAAUUUGUUUGAUCCCAAUUUGGGUAAAUCGCAUCGGAACAAGGCAAAGGUAGCCAAGGCCUUCAGCUAUGAGGUGCCGAUGCAUGUGCUCCAUCGAUACGAGGAUCUGAUGAGCAUCUGUGAUGUGAGCGUGCUGUGCAAGCUGUUGCGUCCCCAAAUCUACAUGGACUUGGACGUGAUUGGCACACAAAUCAAGGGUCGCCUGGCCAUUCAGCUCUUCACGGAGGCGUGUCCCCAAGUGGUCUUGGAAUUUAUGCGCAUCUGCACCCAUCAAGGCAAUCAAAAUAUUAGUUUCACCCGCAAUUUUGCUCCCAUUUGGCUGGAGGGAUGCAUUUCCCUUGAUCCUGAGCGCAGCAUCGAUAUGAGCAAUAUUGAACAUGAUUUCGAAGUACUCAACCAUGGCGUCGAUGCGGGCAUUCUCUCCUUUCCCAGCCGCUAUGUCCGUGGCAAUGCCCGGACUGCACUCACCUUCACCAUUAGCUACAAGCCGUUGUCCAUUCUGAAUGGCAAGCGCAUUGCCUUUGGCAAGGUUCGCAAGGGACUGCAGCUGCUGGAAAGGAUUCAAGAUGCCACCGCACAUCUGGGCAAGAAUCAUCAACUCGUUGUCCUCAAAAGCUGUGGCGUGCUUUAAAGAUUCUUCAAAUCGACGAAAUCGACGAAUCGAAGAAUCGAUUGUGAAAAUUUCUUGUAGAGACGAGUUUUAGCUAAUUCAGCUAUUGACGCUUACAUACACGUUGUGUAGGGCUUAUUAUAGUUUUUAAAUUUUUGAAAUGCAUGACACAAAUAUAAAAUUGCAUGUUCAUUAUUAUUAACAACACAAA